CCAAGCAAACAUAAACUCAAAACCUCCUCAACAAACACAACAGUCGCGCGAUUCGUCUCUGUACUCUUUCACAAUUCGAGUUCUUUGUCGAAAACUUGAUCUAACAGGUCUCUCUUCUACUAAAAAAUAAUUCAAAUCUCCGAUCUCAAAGACUCAAAACAUAUAUAUAUAUAUCAGUGCGAUUUGCAGGAACUGUGUCUGAUCAACGGUUGCUGAUGAGGGAUUCACAGAAGCUUCCAUAGAAUGGCAGAGCAGGCGAUCGAGAAGAGCUCGUCUGAAGCGGAGACGAAGAAGAAGAAAGAGGACCUCACAGAUCCAGAAUUCUUCAGCUGCGUCCUUCAGCCUUCCCCUGCCGACUCCGAUGCCGAUUACAUCGGAAUUCGUCGCCUUCUUCUCCAUCGCAAGGCUCAAUCUGGUGUUCUUCGACGCAAGGACCUACGAAGUGGCAGUCAAGCUUUGAGUCACAGUCCAAGUUUCAGCUCGAAAGCCUCGAAUGCAAGUGAUAGUGAUCACCCACGUAGAAAAGUUGAACCUGGAUAUUCCUUUGUGGGGAUGCAUUGCAUCUUUGACCAAUGCAAGGCCAUGGUUACAGUUGUGAAGUUUGGGCAAAUGAGUUCUGAUCUACUUGCAUAUGGGGCAUCAGAUGGUACCUUGACUGUAUGCACUGUCUCCGAUCCACCUGCAGUUCUCAACCAGUUAAUAGGGCAUUCAAAAGAUGUCACAGAUUUUGACUUCACAUCGAACAAUCAAUAUAUUGCAUCAUCUUCAAUGGAUAAAACUGUGAGAAUAUGGGAGAUAUCCAAAGGCCUUUGCAUUCGGGUGAUAUAUGCAGUCUCUCCUCAACUUUGUAUUCGAUUCCAUCCUGUGAAUAACAACUUCCUUUCCGUUGGCAAUGCAAACAAAGAAAUCACUGUGUUCAAUUUCAGCACUGGGAGAGUAAUUAAUAAAACUGUCUUUGACAAUGAGGUUACUGCUAUGGACCAUGAUCACACUGGUCAGCUUAUUUUCUGUGGGGACGCUCAGGGAUGUGUAUACACAGUUUCUAUGAACUCACACACAGGUGUAUUGUCCCGGUCUCAUCGCAAUCGAAAUGGAAGCAAGCGCAAAUCUCCUGUCACAACUGUGCAGUAUAGAACCUUUUCUCUGCUGGCACGAGGCCCUGUGUUGCUGACAUUUACUCGAGAUGGAAGUUUAUCUUUUUUUAGUGUUUCGUUGGAGAUACAAGGUUAUUUGACUCUUCGAUGCUCACUAAAAUUGGCUCCACGACUACACAGUAUCCGAGCUUCCUUCUGCCCUCUGCUUUCCCUUGAAAAAGGAGAAUUCAUAGUUGUUGGAAGUGAGGAUGCAAACGUCUAUUUCUAUGACUUAACACGGCCAAGGCAUGCAUGUGUAAACAAGCUGCAGGGACAUGGCUAUCCCGUUAUAGGUAUUGCUUGGAACCACGGAGAGAACUUGUUGGCUUCGUCUGAUUUUGGUGGCACAGUUAUCAUAUGGAAGAGAGCUAAGACGGGUUGAGAGAAAAUCGAUUUCAGAGGUAAAAGCUUGAAAUCAAACUAAUGGAAUGUCAAAGGAACUUUAAUUUUGUUUGCAUGAAUUUGCCAUUUUUUGUGGAAAUGGGAACAAAUUUGUGUUAUACAAGAAUUUUACUGUUAAAUUGUAUCGGACUGUUUAGGAAGCUGAACAAUCGCGAUUUGAAUUUAAUUCUUUGUAUUUUUGCAUUUACAACUCGAUCAGGACUUGAAAUCAAUUCUUUGUAAAAUUUGUGUACACUCAGAUACAAUUGAUCAGUUCAAGGUAGUUUAUAAUAA